AUGAUAAAAAUUGCUAUAAAAUCCCUUUCACGGUAUUCUCCUCUACCCACAAACUCCAAUAGUCCAAUGGCUUAUUUUCGCCUUCCAUUUCUUGCCAUUCUCUUCAUAUUCUUCUUGUUUGCCAUAACCGUUCGAGCUCAAGUUUCAGUCAAUCAAACCUUCAAAUACGUAAAUCAAGGCAAAUUCGGAGACAGAAUAAUCGAAUACAAUGCUAGCUACCGUGUGAUCCGAAACAACAUUUACACAUUCUACACAUUUCCCUUCCACCUUUGUUUCUACAACACCACUCCUGAUGCUUUUAUUCUCGCCAUCAGAGCUGGCAUUCCCAGAGACAAGAGUCUCAUGCGUUGGGUUUGGGAUGCCAAUCGCAACCACGCCGUAGGUGGAAACGCCACCCUUACCUUAGGCCAGGACGGUAAUUUGAUUCUGUUUGAAGCCGAUGGCCGUGUAGUAUGGCAGACUAACACUGCUAACUAG